UCAUAAAAUCCUGGUUUUAUUAAAAUACCCUUCAAAUGACUGGAAAAUGCAGAGUUUUAAGCAGAUCUUACCAGGAUGCGUUUCCUUAUUUUGUGAACUAUUUUAAUUGGUCAACCUGGUUUCUAAACAUGAAAAAUYAAAUCAAAAAGAAAGCUAUUUAAUUUUGUAUGUGAAUAAAUUGGCAGAGAGAUUUAGUAAAUUACUCCUUAAAUCUUGCCUAUGGGUGCCAAAUCGGCUAGAACUGGCCCUAAUGAAGAGACUUUUUUUGGUCCUCCCAUUGUUUCGGUUGUAAACUGACCCACCAACCACCAUCACUUUACUUUUGAAGGUGGGUUUGUUUUCCUUGUUAGUGGAAUUUUCCUUUGUAUUGCCCGCCAACAUGAGCUCAGGUGAUUUCCGCAUGAGAGACUUUGGGAGGAGACUGKUCAAAGUUCCAGGUUCAAAGUCAAUAAACAGCCAAAGUCUUAAGAUGAAGGAACCGGGCAGCACCUGCUCUUACAACCAGCUCUAUCAAAAUGUAAAACAAUAUUCCAAAAAUGGAGACUUCUUCUUCAAAGAACUCAUCAYAGUUUUCCAGCAAAGAGCUGAGCUGGAACACUCGUACUCCAAAGGCCUUCAGAAGCUGGCAGGCAAACUGAUCAGAGCCUGUCAAGGAAUGUCAAGAAAUUCCACCUACAGGGCCUGGUGUCAUGUGUCAGACGAGAUGUACUCCAGAGCCGAUGCCCACAGAUCAUUAGGAAAUGCAUUUAACCAAGAGGCCAUUCUAGAAAUACGACAAGUCUUAGAAGAGCACAACAGGAGGAAGAGGCCACUCGACAGUGCCAUUGAAAGACAUGGAAAACGCUUCACUGCCAAUUGGAAUGAGCAGCUUAAGCUAAAAAAGAAGUUGUCUGGGCUAACGAGAGAACAUGAGGCCCUAUUCAACUAUGUUGAAAACAACAARCCCAUCAGUACUGAAAAAGAGAAGCAAAAGAUGUUAAACCGGUUGACCAAGUCAGCAGAGCAGCAGGCGCGGGUGGACGAGGAGUACUUCAAURUCAACAUGGAAGGUCAUCAGAUGAGGCUCAAGUGGGAAAACACAUUGAAAAACUGCUAUCAGAUCAUACAGGAGCUGGAGAAACAGCGACUUGAAGUUCUGUGCGAUACUUUGAGAAGAUACAACCUCCACAUGUCCAGUUUUGGCCAAGCCCUUAAACAUGGCCAAAAACAGAUCGAGCAAUUAGUCCAAAGGGUGGAUAUGGAAAAAGACAUACAAACCCUGGAGGAUGAAAACAGGGCUGCAGCUGAUGACAACACAAUAGAGUUUUUGAUGACUGAUUAUUUUGAAGAAGACAACAGAUCACUGAUGAGCAAAGACAGAAGAAGAGACGCAAUGAAGCUCAAAAUCAAGCGUCUUGAAGAAAGCAUCGCCAAAACCAAAAAAGACCGUGAAGGAAUAGAAAAACUAAUGAAAACCUACUCUGAAAACCCAUCGUUCUCAAACCAGAAGAACCUGGAGGACACCGAGGAACUACACGAUGAAUGCAGUCUAAAGCUGGACCUUCUUCAGGCCACUCAGUAUAAACUCUCCUCAUCGCUCUCUGAAUGUGAAGGGAAGAUCAAGCCAUUUCAACAAUUUAGUGGAAGCAUAUUUAAAUGGAAAGAUAAGGACUGUGAGCACAGCGUCGUUCAAGUGACUCGCCCAGUAAAACUGAGGAGAACGCCAUUCAGAUCCCGACAGUCUCUGAGAGCUUCCAUCAUCUGCAAAGGCCCGGUUCAGAGUCUAACACAACCACCUGUGGAGCCCAAACCAACAGCUACUGACCCGGCCACUUCUACCACUACAUCGGAGGAAAAGAUGGAGAGCGGCAGCAACAAUGACAAAGCUCUGUCUGACACAAAUCAUGAAGGACAAGAGGAGCUGGGCAGUGUAGGAAAAUGCAAGGUCCUGUACAAUUUCACACCUGAACAUGAAGAUGAAUUGGCUUUGAAAGAAGGCGAUCUUCUGGACGUUUGCACCAAGGGAGAUAAUGGUUGGUGGUUUGGCAUGAUUAACGGCCAGAAAGGUCAUUUCCCAUCGACCUAUGUUGAAGAGCUACCAGUGAUAAACCAAAGCAAGUCAUCUGAUGCCUGAACGAGCAGACUGAUGAAGAGCAAAACCACAAAACAGCACGGCUCAACUAAACUAUACAUCAGCUGUACAAAACAUUUAACAUCUGCCAACAUCCAACGAUAACCAUUUUAGGACAGGGGUCUGCAACCUUUUCCCUGGAUCACUAAAAUGUCACGAGCUGCAAAACGCUCCAGGUGUGAUUAUCAACUGGUGGUCCUUGGGCCACUUUGAGUUUGUUGAAUGGGGGCCAUUCCGGCCAGAGGGGCUGACUUUAUAAAACUAAAAAUAUUAAGUGAAUUUUAACUUUUGUUCAUAUUUUUACACUUUAGUUAUCCUAAAGUUU